AUGGGCCACCCAGCCACAAUCAGCCUAUGGGGCGCCAGCAUCAACUGCCGGGAGCUCACGGUCACCACCGUGUCUCUCCUCCCCCACUCCCCAAACACAAGCCACCCCACCAAGGCCCCCGGGGACAGGACGGGACCCCCGACAAGCCUCCGGCCAAAGGAGUUUCCCAGAUCCGACGCAGAGCACCCACCCCCACCCCCAAGGUCUCAGCGGCCCCGGCUGGUUGCCGGAGACCGGCACCGGCUCUCACCUCCCACGCCGCGAAUCCGGGCCGCGCCGGAUCCGGCAGGGCCGAGGGACGUGGGCUUUCCGAUGCGCCCGGCCGGGCAGUGUCUGCGGCGGCGGCAGCGGCGGCGGCGGCGGGGGCGGCGGCUGAGGCGGGAAGCAGCUGGCCAGGCCCGGACGCCGCGGACUCGCUCUUGGCCGAGCGUCGGUCUCCUCCGGCGGCGGCGCUCGCAGCCUCCGCUCGCGGUCCGCGCCAGAAAGAGUCCCCCCUCCCGGGCCGCGCGCCCGGCCGCCCGGACGGGAACACGCACCGCCGACAGGAAAGUUCCGCUGAGAGCCGACCCGAGGCCCGCCCUCCCCCGCGCAGUGUGUAGACCGCCAGGGAACCGUGUUAUCUACCACAGAGUAAACGCCGCGCACAGCUCCCGGUCUAGAGUCUGUCUGGAGCAGCUCCAGAGUUCAACAACUAAGAAUUUAAAGUUCUUCAGUGCCAAAAUUGAAUCUAGAACCCAUAAACAUUGUGAAUGUGUAUACAGACCUUGCUAUAUAUGGAGGAUUUUAUAGGAAGAGGAUCCUUAGAAAGGUAA